AACGAUAACUACAGGUAACAGAAGCUUUGAAGGAAUCGGGAUUAGAAUCUUCAAAUCUGAUAAUUGGAAUUGAUUUCACCAAGAGUAACGAAUGGACAGGCAAAAAGUCAUUCAACAAUAGGAGCCUUCAUGCCAUUCGUGAUGAUCACCAUCACAACCCUAAUCCUUAUGAGAAAGCAAUAUCUAUUAUUGGGAAAACACUAUCUCCAUUUGAUGAAGAUAACAUUAUUCCGUGUUUUGGGUUUGGUGAUGUGAACACACAUGACAAUAAAGUGUUUCGGUUUCACUCUGAGCCUUCCCAAUAUUGUCAUGGCUUUGAAGAAGUCAUAGCUUGCUAUAGGAAGGUCCUCCAAAAUGUGAAAUUAUCUGGGCCAACAUCUUAUGGGCCGGUCAUAGAUGCAGCAAUAGAGGUAGUGGAGAAAAGCGGGGGUCAAUACCAUGUUCUGGUUAUUAUAGCUGAUGGUCAGGUUACAAGAAGUGUUGAUACGGAUGAUACACAACUCAGCCCUCAAGAGCAAAGCACAAUUUCUUCCAUCGUCAAUGCAAGCAUGUAUCCUCUCUCCAUUGUUUUGGUUGGUGUUGGCGACGGACCUUGGGAUGACAUGAAAAAUUUUGAUGAUAAAAUUCCUCACCGUGAGUUUGAUAAUUUUCAGUUCGUUAAUUUUACAGAGAUUAUGUCAACGAGUAUACCAGAAUCACAAAAGGAAAGCAGGUUUGGCCUUGCUGCCCUUAUGGAAAUCCCUAUCCAAUAUCGUGCUAUCAAAGAACUGAAUCUACUAGGGAAAGUGACCGGAAAUACAAAGAAGGUAGAUCAACUCCCUCCACCGCUUCCAUAUACUCCCCGUCCACCGCAAAAUCCUUCCAUACCUAAUGAAGAUAGUGAAGAAAGCGGGAGUCAGGUCUGCAUGGAAUGUUCUCCAAGACUGUCCAAUUGUCCAAUUUGUCGCGAGCUUAUUACUAGGCGUGUUAGAUUAUAUGUGUGACUGCGAAUAAGGGAUAGUGUGAAUGUGUGUGUAUACUAUAUGUUCCACUUUAUAUAUUGAUCACAUUUCUUAUUUGAUGAUGAUUAUGAUGAUUAUGAUGAUGAUAUAUAUAUGUGUAAUGAAGUUAGAUAAGUGUAUAUGGAAUGAUAAAAUUAUUUCAAGUUUAUCAUUAGUAAACAAA